UUGGCUCGUGGGAAGCCCGCGGCCGGAUGCCCACCGUCCGCUCCCUCCUCGGCCUCUUGGCGGCCCUGGCGGCCGGUGGCGCCGUCGUCUUCCUAGGCUAUUGCGUUUAUCUUGACCGGAAGCGGCGUGGCGACCCCGAGUUCAAACGCCGCCUGCGGGACAAAAGAAGAGCCCAGCGGCAAAAGGCUGAGGGACGGGGCGCCCAGUUGCAGGAUCCAGCAAAGAAUAAAAAUUUGCAAGAUUUUUUUCUACAAGAGGUACGAAUGGGAGAACUUUGGUUAUCUAGAGGAGAGCAUAGAAUGGGGGUUGAACAUCUCAGCAAUGCCCUUUUGGCGUGUGGGCAGCCACGUGAACUUCUGAAUGUUUUCAGACACACACUCCCUCCCAAGGUAUUUGAGAUGCUGUUGCACAAAAUUCCCCUUAUUUGCCAGCAAUUUGAGGCAGACAUGAAUGAACAGGAAUACUGGGAGGAUGAUCGUGAUUGAAAAACAUUUCAUCGUAUCCACAGUCCACUGAGAAUACUAUGGUAUUAAAUAUUAUAAACAACUGCUCAGUGAUAUUUCCAUUUAUUUUACUUUUAGUAAUGAAAUUUUCUUUUCUAUCUCAU